UUUUCAGCAAUUAGCCUACAUCAAAAUGUUGGCUUACGGGUCUGAUCCGAACGCCGAAGACCUCUAUAUCACAAUGACACCGUCCGUCUCAACAGAAAACGACACCACAGUCUGGGCGACAGAGGAGCCGGCGGCAAUUGUGUGGAGACAUCCCCUAUUGGCAAUUGCAUUGUUUUCCAUUUGUCUGCUCACAGUUGCUGGAAAUUGUCUGGUUGUGAUUGCAGUGUGUACUAAGAAGUAUUUAAGGAAUCCCACUGGGUACCUAAUUAUCUCAUUGGCAAUAGCAGAUCUCAUAGUAGGCGUGAUAGUGAUGCCUAUGAAUUCAUUAUUUGAAAUUGCAAAUCACACGUGGCUUUUUGGCCUGAUGAUGUGUGAUGUGUUCCACGCGAUGGACAUUCUUGCGUCGACAGCUUCGAUAUGGAACCUAUGCGUCAUUAGUCUAGACAGAUACAUGGCCGGUCAGGACCCAAUUGGCUAUAGAGAUAAAGUCUCGAAAAGGAGGAUCUUAAUGGCUAUUCUGAGUGUAUGGGUGUUGUCUGCAAUUCUAUCGUUUCCUGGAAUUAUUUGGUGGCGGACUAGUUCUCCGCAUUUGUAUGAAGAUCAGUCACAAUGUCUAUUCACGGACAGCAAAAUGUAUGUGAGCUUCUCUUCAUUAGUUUCGUUCUACAUCCCGCUCUUCCUCAUUCUCUUCGCAUAUGGAAAGGUCUACAUAAUUGCGACGCGACAUUCAAAAGGCAUGCGGAUGGGUAUCAAAACAGUCAGCAUCAAAAAACGGAAUGGAAAAAAAUCCAACACGGAGACAGAGAGCAUCUUGUCCAGUGAGAAUGAGCCAACAUUGCGGAUUCAUUUCGGGCGGGGGAAGCAGUCGAGUUCCAGCUUAAGAAAUAGCAGGUUUCAUGCCAGAGAGUCCACGAGGUUGCUUUUAAAGCAGGUAUCCUGUAAAUCAUUAAACGAUCGUGGCGAGCACAACAAUAAUAACACGGUGCGGCAGCCAUUGCUCCGUGGCACAGAAGGUUGCCAUUCCGACUCCAUUAGUCGUUCCUCGCAACGUAACUUUCGUGGCAGGAAUGUUACGAUCGGGAGUAACUGCUCUUCGACUCUUCUGCAAGUUGAUCAGCCGGAUCGUAUGUCGCUCUCCUCCAACUCCCAAAUGGUGAUGACAUCUCCCUUAUCAACGCGUCGAAAAUUGAAUGUUCGAGAAAAAUCGCGCCAAAUGAUGCGCUACGUCCACGAGCAACGUGCAGCUCGGACACUUUCCAUUGUGGUCGGAGCAUUUAUUCUCUGCUGGACACCAUUUUUCGUGUUCACUCCGCUCACCGCGUUCUGUGAAAGUUGUUUCUCCAACAAAGAGACCAUCUUCACAUUCGUCACAUGGGCCGGUCACCUAAACUCAAUGCUCAACCCGCUCAUCUACUCGCGCUUCUCGCGAGAUUUCAGACGGGCAUUCAAGCAAAUUCUCACGUGUCAACGCCAGCAAAAGGUGAAAACCGCAUUUAAAACGCCACUGUCACUCGUGUUCACUCAACUCAUCUCGGUCACCCAAAUGUGGGAGCAACCGCCGAAUACUUCAAUUGAAUAGUUUUUAUUUUGUAUUUUUUAUUUUUGAUUUUUUUUCAAUUUGUAAUAUGAACAGUUUUUUGGAGUACAGCAGAAGCUCGCUCUGAAAAAAAAUUUAAAAAUUAGAAAUUGGUAUUUUGAAUUCAGCGUGCCAAGAUUAUUUAAAUUCGAGUUGCUUAUAAACUUUAUAUUUU